UAGUAAAAGUUUCUCUUGUCGAAUUUAUAGUUGAACAUUAGGCCAUACCGAAGGGGAUCUUUGUGCAAUGGAGGAUGCUAUUUUCUCACCUGGCGCCAUGAUCGGCGGACCGCCGGAUUCAGCCAUGGACUUCGACUUCAUGGAUGAAUUAUUGUUAGAUGGAUGCUGGUUGGAGACAACACCGGGAUCUGAUUUCGCUGAUCCUAGUUUAUCCUUUUCAAAUCAUUUCUUUGAUCCUUUGUUUACAUGGUCGAAUUCGGAGUCUAAUGUCGGCGAUUCGGGUGGUGGCCUCUGUCUAAUACAUAACCUAGGAGAGCAUCAAAGAUCAUUGUUGUCUGGAAGUUCACAUAUGAAUGAAGCUCAAGGGGAAAGUUUGGUCACUCCUCAAUUUAGCCAAUGUCACAGUCUGCAUACCGAUUGCACAACCGACGGUUCUGAGUCGUGUCAACGAUGGUGGAUUGGACCGAGAACUAAUCCAGGUCCAGCAACCUCUGUUAUGCAGAGGUUAAUUCAAUCACUUGGUUAUAUUAAAGCUUCUGCGAACGAAAAAGAUGUCCUUGUACAACUAUGGUUGCCUGUAAAUAGAGGAGGUAGACGCUUUCUAACAACCAGUGAGCAACCCUUUUCACUCGAUCCGAACAGCCAAAAGCUUGCAAGUUAUAGGAACAUAUCCGUCAAAUAUCAUUUUCCAGCAGAGGAGGAUUCCAAGGACACUGCAGGAUUGCCUGGUCGGGUUUUCUUGAAUAAGGCACCGGAGUGGACUCCCGAUGUUCGAUUCUUUAAAAGCGAUGAAUAUAUGAGAGUGAAUGAUGCUCAACAACACGAUGUCCGCGGAACAUUUGCCCUUCCUGUUUUCGAACAAGGUAGUGGAACUUGCUUGGGCGUUAUUGAAGUCGUGAUGACAACCGAGAAAAUCAAGAUUCGAUCUGAGCUCGAAAGUGUUUGCAAAGCAUUAGAGGCUGUCAACCUUAGGAGUUCUAUAGCUUCUAGCACUCAAAGCAUGAAGGCUUACAAUAAUUGCUACCAAGCCGCCUUACCCGAGAUCAAAGAACUUUUAAGGUGUGCCUGUGAGACGCACAGAUUACCGCUAGCUCAGGCUUGGGUUUCUUGUGUCCAACAAGGGAAAGAGGGUUGUUGGCAUUCCUCCGAGAACUAUGUUCAUUGCGUGUCCACGGUGGAUGAUGCUUGCUGUGUUGCUGAUCCUAAUAUCCGGGGUUUUCACGAGGCUUGCUCUGAGCAUCACUUGUUAAAAGGUCAGGGUGUUGUCGGGAGAGCAUUCAUGACUAACCAGCCGUGCUUCUGGCCCGACAUAACUUCCUUUAAGAAGACCGAAUAUCCUCUUGCUCACCAUGCAAUGAUGUUCAAGUUGCAUGCUGCUGUUGCGAUACGUUUCAGAUGCAUUCACACCAGCAAAGCGGACUUUGUCUUGGAGUUCUUUUUACCCCCGCAUUGCAGAGAUCCGGAGGGACAAAGGAAGAUGCUUAAUUCGCUAUCCUUCAUUAUACAACAAGUAUGUUGCAGUUUACGGGUUGUGACGGAUAAGGAGCUAGAGGAAGAAACCGAUUUGGCAGUUAGUGAAGUUGUAGCCCCUUCGGAUGGCAUACCUAUUAGAGAAGAGUUAUCGAAAGGGCAGUACACUCACCGUUCGCAAAUGUUCUCUCAAGAAAGUUCAUCUUGCCUCACUAAGGUCCAACAGAGUUACGACACUGCCUUGAUAAUCGAAAAAGAAAAGCCAAGGGUGAUGUCGGAUGAAAAACUAUCUGAUGUGAAGCCGCAUCAAGAACAUAUUAGCCUAAGAGAAAGUGUUGAAUACGGAGAUUCCGCUUUUAAUGAGAUAAACUUUUCGAGUAGGGCUACGGUAAAAACAGGAGAGAAGAGGCGUAGCAAGGCAGAAAAAACAAUCACUUUGCAGGUUCUCCGCCAAUAUUUUGCCGGAAGCCUAAAAGAUGCAGCAAAGGGCCUUGGUGUGUGUCCCACAACCUUGAAAAGAAUCUGUAGGCAACACGGAAUAAAACGCUGGCCGUCUCGAAAAAUCAAUAAAGUUGGACACUCCUUGCAGAAACUCCAACACGUCAUCGACUCGGUACAAGGUGCCUCUGGUGCCUUUCAUAUUAGUAACUUCUAUGCAAAUUUUCCCGAGUUGGCUUCUCCAAAAUUGGUAGGAAACAGUCCAUUAUCGACCUCACCAUGGAUCGAUAAGCCAAAGCAAAUAAGGGUACAGCCCGAGGGUGGUAAUUUUGUGUCCCAAGCUGCUACUUCAAAUUCACCUUCCUCCUCGUGUAGUCAGAGUUCCAGUUCGAGUCGAUGCUUUUCCAGUGGAACACAUCAACCUUCGAACUUUAACAUGUCUGGUAAUGAAGAGCUUAAAAUUGGAGACAGCUCUGGGAACAGUGAGCUGAAAAGGGUGAAAAGUAAUGUAGAGUUGCAUGCCUUAAAUCAAGAAGAACUGAAGCUGUUCCCAAGAUCCCAGAGCCUUGUAUCUCUUGAGGAACAGGUUAACCUUGACAGUCUUCAACUCAUAUCAAAGACUGCUAGUCUAAUCACUCGAGAUUUAGAAGCUCAAAGGGUAAAGGUAACGUAUGGAGAUGAGAAGAUCCGGUUCCGCAUGCAGAGCAAAUGGUGGUUUAAAGAUUUAUUGCAUGAAAUUACAAAACGGUUUAAUUUGGAUGAUAUAACUAGAUUUGAUCUAAGGUACAUGGAUGAUGAUUCCGAGUGGGUGUUAUUAACAUGUGACGACGAUUUGGAGGAGUGCAUCGAUGUAUGCGGAUCGUCGCAGGGCAACACAAUUAAACUCUCAUUGCAACCCUCUCGUCAUCAUUUGGACCAGUUUUCGGGCACCGGUCCUUGACAAAGGAGUGCAUCGAUGUAUAUGAUUGCAUUCUCUCUUCGGUCUCGCUUGUGCCCGUAAUGUUACUUCGAUGUUUCCGAGAGCAGAAACCUUAAUGCUCCUUGGUGACGGUAACGCUUUUGGAUGCGGUGCACUGCCGAAGGAGUUCAUUGUGAAUGCCAUGAAAGCAAUUUGUCUGUUACCACUGUGGUACCUCAGUAGCUGCCGACUGCAGACAGUUUGAAAUCUUCCUUCUCAGAAUGAGUUCUGCUGUAUAUUUUAGUGAUGACAAGGGCAGCAAAAGCUGCUUUGUCA